GAAGGUCCAUGUGUUUUGCAAAUUCAAAAAAUUCGCAAUGUUGCUGCACCAAAGGAUAACGAAGAAUCUCAGGCUGCGCCAAGGAUGCUGCGAUUGCAGAUGACUGAUGGUCAUAUAAGUUGCACAGCGGUAGAGUUUAGUUGUAUGUCAAAAAUAAGCCUGAACACACCACCUGGAACUAAGGUUAAGCUCUCAGGCAUUGUUGACAUAAAAAACGGAUUCCUACUCUUGAAUGACUCUAAUACCACAGUUCUCGGCGGUGAAGUGGAGCAUCUUAUUGAGAAAUGGGAAUUACAGAGAAGCUUAUCAAAACACAAUAGAAGCAAUAUUGGAACUGAAGGUGGACCACCUCCUUUUGUGCCUUUUGGACAGGUUGAUGAGAAGGCUCUGAAGCACAUAACAGAAAUGGGCUUCAGUAAGGAAGCAUCGAGGCAAGCUCUUAUGGAUAAUGGCAACAACUUAGAAGCAGCAUUAAAUGUACUUCUUAACAGCAAUAAACAGAAACCUGUUAUGGGUCCACCUCUGAGAGGUAGAGGAAAAGGCAGGGGGCGAGUAAGAUCUGAAGAUGAAGAGGACCUGGGCAAUGCAAGGCCAUCAGCACCAAGCACAUUAUUUGAUUUCUUGGAAUCUAAAAUGGGAAAUUUGAGUGUGGAAGAACCUAAGUCACAGCCACAGCAGCUUCAUCAGGGACAACAUAGAUUGUCAAAUACUGAUCAAAAUGGAAUAAAAGAAAAUAAUCAACCAAGACAUCUUCCUAGAAAUGAUAGCAGGCAGCCAAGAAAUGAAAAACCUCCUCGUUUUCAAAGAGACUCCCAACAUUCAAAGUCAAUUUUAGAGGGCAGCGGAUUACCUAGAAAUAGAGGUUCUGAGAGACCGAAUACUUGUUCAGGAUCUGAAGUAUGGGCUGAAGAGAGAGUCAAGUGUGAUAGACCGUAUUCUAGAUAUGACAGAACUAAAGAUACUUCUUAUCCUUUAGGUUCUCAGCUCAAUGAUGGUGCUUUCAGAAAAAGAGAUAACUCUAUGCAAAACAGAUCAGGAAAAGGUCCAUCCUAUGCAGAGGCAAAAGAAAAUCCACUUCCUCAAGAAUCCAUAGAUUAUAAUAAUCAAAAACGUGGAAAAAGAGAAAACCAAACAGCUAAUCCUGAUCAUUUUUAUGAUAGGAAAUCACGAACAAUAAGUAAUGAAGCUUUCAGUGGUAUAAAAAUUGAAAAACAUUUUAAUGUAAAUACCGAUUGCCUGAAUCCCGUUCGAAGUAAUAGCUUCAUUGGUGUUCCAAAUGGAGAGACAGAAAUGCCUCUGAGAGGAAAACGAGUAGGACCUAUUAAGCCAGCAGGACCCCUCACAGCUAUUCCCUAUGAUGAUAAAAUAUUUUACAAUAGUGGGCCCAAAAGAAGAUCUGGGCCAAUUAAGCCAGAAAAAGUACUAGAAUCAUCUAUUCCUAUGGAGUAUGCAAAAAUGUGGAAGCCUGGAGAUGAAUGUUUUGCACUUUAUUGGGAAGACAACAAGUUUUACAGGGCAGAAGUGGAAGCCCUCCAUUCUUCAGGUAUGACGGCAGUUGUUAAAUUCAUUGAUUAUGGAAACUAUGAAGAGGUGCUACUAAGCAAUAUCAAGCCCAUUCAGACGGAGGCAUGGGAGGAAGAAGGCACCUACGACCAAACUCUGGAGUUCCGUAGAGGAGGUGAUGGCCAGCCAAGACGAUCCACUCGGCCAACCCAGCAGUUUUACCAACCUCCCCGGGCUCGAAACUAGUAUGAAAAGAAUCUUUGUGAAGAAAGGAACUGUUGACUGAAAUAUCCUGGUCAAAACCUGUUGAUAGACUUUCUACUCUCCCUUCAGAAUAAGAAGCAGUCACAGUGGCUAUUAGUAUAUGAAAAAAGAAAGAAGAUUUUAGGGUGGAAAAAAGAUUCAACUCACACAAAGAAUGGGAAAAAAUACUGAAUUAAAUAAAGCAAAUACCUUUUACAAAUGAAAGGAAGAAUUUUUUUCUUCUGGCAUAAAUAAAUCCAUUGUGCUAUUAUAUACAUUGUUUUA